CCUUCACCACUGGGGCUACAGUGUCCACUCACUUAUGGAGACUAUGAGCGAAUAAGACAAGUCAUGUCCGGAAAUCGUUCUAUUGGAUGAGGCAAUAUCAGCGGUUGACGGUGAAACAGCGUCCCCUGAAGCCUUGGAGUUGGCUGAUCGAUGAUGGCAAUAACGACGGUUCUCCGCAUAGCAGGUCUCUGGUUUUGUGUACUUGGAAUCUAUCAUUCCUUCUCAUUCCUCUAACUUCCUUGACCCAUUUUCGUUACAUACUCAUCUCUAUUGUCGCCGCGGUGAGGUGACAGGAGCCGUUCUAAGCCAAGCCUCAGGUGCAUGGGAUCAGCAUACCAAUGAUGCCA